AUGUGGUCAAACUGGGAACCCACCGCCAAGCCCAUCAAGGGAGGGAACAUAUUCAUCAGGAACCUUGAUUGGUCCAUUGACUGCACCUCCCUGUUUGACACUUUCUCUGUGUUCGGGAGGAUCGUGUCAUGCAAGGUUGUGGAAUCAAAAGGUUAUGGGUAUGUUCAGUACGAGUCAGCGGAGGCGGCGGCGCUGGCCAUCGAACGGCUGAACGGAAAACUCCUGAACGACCGGCAAGUGUAA